AUGGGAGCUGAGGUUAGCAAGACUUCCACAAUGGACGAGACCUCAGACGAGCCUCCCACUUCUGCCGUCCUCUUAGACAGCUGCCACUUCUCCCAGGUCAUCUUUAACAACGUGGAGAAGUUUUAUGUUCCCGGAGGAGACGUAACCUGUUAUUAUACCCUCACAGAGUACAUCGUGCCUCGCAGGAAGGACUGGGUGGGCAUCUUCCGUGUGGGAUGGAAAACAACCUUGGAAUAUUACACAUUCAUGUGGGCUCCUGUGCCCAGUGAUGCCCACACUGUGCAGCAGCAGAUCCAGUUCAAAGCUUACUACCUACCGAAAGAUGAUGAAUACUACCAGUUCUGCUACGUCGACCAGGAUGGUAUGGUCCGGGGAGCCAGUGUGCCUUUCCAGUUCAGAGCAGAGACUGAGGAUGAUAUCCUGGUGGUUGUCACACAGGGAGAAGUGGAAGAGAUUGAACUACAAAACAAAAACUUGUGUAAAGAAAAUGAGGAGCUGAAAGCAAGCUGUGCAAGUCUCCAGAAACAAAACAUCGAUCUGCAGGAAGAGCUGAGCAAGACACAGGAGCUGCAGAAUAGUUUGGAGUCUCUAAGGAGCAACACAGAGAAACUGGAGCUGGAGCUGAGUUCCCUGAAAAAGGAAAAUAAACAUCUAAAGGAGCGGGACAACUGCAGAGAGGCAGAACUGCACCAACUCAAAGAGCAAAUUGAGAAUGUGACCUCUGACAAGGAACAACUGGAAACCAGACUGAAAACAGCCCUGGAUCACAUGGACCAGCUGCAGUCCCAAGUGUUGAAUUAUGAGAAAGAAGUGGAAAACCUGUCUCUCAUGGACCAUGACAAGACAAAGCAGCUUGAAAGGUUAAAGGAAGAGAAUCGCCAGUUAUGCCUGAGCAGAGCUCAAGAGCAACAAAACCGCACGUUGAUGAAAGAACUUGAGGAGCAGAAGCAUUUGUUUCAGAUUCUGCAGGCGGAAAAGGAUGAAGCUGAUAAGGAAAAUCAGAAACUCAGGGAAGAGAAUUACAGGCUCCUGAGGCAUCGCUUGCAGACUAGAGAGCUUUCUUCCUUCUCUGCUGUUUCACAAGCUCAAGCUCCAAUUCCAGCUCCUGGAGUAGGAGGCCUUCUGUUUGGAAAUCCAUAUUGUGUUGCAGAAGCAAACGUGGGGGCAGGAGCUGCAGACGCAGAUUCUGUAAGGAAAUGUCCCAUGUGCAAUGAAGUGUUUCCUGAAGAUAUUGAAGCAAGUCAGUACGAGGCCCACGUGCAGAGCCAUCUUGUGGACUGCCCACUCUGCAGUGAGACCUUUGAAAAGUCCAAUACGCAGGUGUUUGACGACCAUAUUUUUUGUCAUUGCCUGGAAUAA